UGUCAGUCCUCUUUCUUUUACUGACUUCUCCCAUUUUUUAUUUUGUUCCUUUUCUCUUAUUCCCUCCUUGCCUCUCUUUAGACCUACGCAGAGAUAUGCCUCAGGCCUAUUUAGGUUUGACAUUUAACUGGGGGGCUUUACUUGGUUGGGCAGCUGUUAGAGGAAGUCUUGAUCCUGCUAUUGUACUCCCACUUUACGCUUCUGGUGUAUUUUGGACACUUGUGUAUGAUACAAUAUAUGCGCAUCAGGAUAAAGAAGACGAUGUAAGAGUGGGUGUCAAAUCAACGGCCUUGAGAUUCGGAGAUUCAACCAAAGAAUGGAUUACUGGAUUUGGAAUAGCAUGCAUUGGCAGCCUUGCUUUUAGUGGAUUUAAUGCUAAUCUUG